GUCGCUAUGGCUAGUGAAGCACCGGCAACUACUCGCCAGUACCAGUUUGUGGUCUUUGGGGCUUCCGGUUUUACCGGGCGCUAUGUGGUGGAAGAGCUGGCUCGGGUGAUGAGCGAGGGAGAGGCCAAAACCCCCAAGCUCCGCUGGGCAGUGGCAGGAAGGAGCCAGGUCAAGCUGGAAGAAAUCGUGGCACGGUUGGCCCGCAAAAUCGGUGAGUUGUAGGGUGGGACACCGCGCACUGUCAGCAAUGUGGUUGUUGGGGGAGGUACAUAACUUGACAGGCCAGCUCUAGAAACCGUACUGAUCCCACAAACUUCCUAGGUUCCAUUCAGUGGGAGUUGGACUUGCAGAGAACGGAGUUCAACUUGCUAAACUAGGAAUCUUCUGGCAUUCCAAACUCCAUUAUAAAUGGUUAAGGUGGGUGGGGAGAUACUGUAGCCAACGCUACUACUAGUCUUACUACUCUGGGCUAAAAACUAAAACUGACCUCCGUAAACAAACUUGCAUAGCAAAACGAAGGCUGGAUACUUUGCGACUAUACCGGAGUUGCAGAAUCUUUCCAGUUUUUACAUUGGGUGUAUAUGGUUGGUUUGCCUAGAUAGAUGAGGUAACUGUUCGAUCUAUCUGGCUAUCUAUAUACUCUAUCCUACAAUGGGCAUGAUGUGUCUAGUUAUAGUCUGCCCUCUGGGCAAUGUGAAAAUGGAUUGUAUGCCUGAAGGUAAAAUAGUGGAGAUAUCUCUUUGUAGCUGAUGCCUAACGUGUGGUGAAUAACCUUAAAGUGGUAUGAAUGUUGCAGUUUUGCAUUUAUGCUUAAUCACUAUUGCACAUCAAUGUGAUAUGAGAACCACAUAGUGCUGGGGCCUGGGGCCUUGCAAGGGCUGCAGCAAGCUGCCUUUUAGUCUUUUUCCAUGGGGGAAGUUAAUAAAUCAUGCAUUGCUAUAACCCAACAACAUUCCUGUGUUUCGUUAAUACCAGAUUAAAGGACCAAUACCAAAUGUACUAAAGAGUCAAUAUUCCUUACACGGACACUUCAAGCACUAAAGCAUGCUGUUAUGGUGCCAUGGUACCCUGAAUGCAAUACCUCUUGGUAACAGUUUGACCUUUUACCUAUAUCCUUUAGCUCCUGCUAGGAACUUCUAUUAACUCUUAUUGGUUGAACCCUACCACUCAUAGCCCGCUCACUGCGGGGAGCAGUAUUCAUUGGACCACAGGAAAAGUCUAAUGACUAAUGUUAAUUUUAAGGGUAACUUUGGUAGACAGUACAAACACCUGCCAAGGUUGCUUAACAUGGACUAAUCUAAUACGAAUUUAAAGGAAGACUUUAAGCGCAAAAACAAACUUCGAUUAACAAAGUGAUAUAUUAGUGUACUGCUUGUGGCCCUGAAGACUUGCUGCCAUUCAGGAGUACAUGCCUCCAACUACUGACUCUUAGCCCUUCCUUAACAACUUCUAACUUCCUUUAUUGCAUUUCUAUAACUUCUAAAAGUGCCUACAAACUCUACAGCACUGUACAAUUGCAAGGGGUGAGAAGAAACUGCAACAUGCACAAACAAUACAAAGGGUAAAGAGGGCCCUGGCAACAAGCAGUACUGUAGCCAUUAAAGCUCUUGUACAACAUGGCACAUUAGAUUACAAUCCAAUGUAGAGCUCUCGAUCUCCUAACUUCUGGCUAAUGUCUACAGCAGUACUGUUGUAAAAAUGUUGGCUGUAUGCAGCCCUAGCAACACAUUACCUAGCUGAGACUCAUAAACCAUGAUUGAACUUCCAAAUGGCUGUUAGUUGAACAGUUGGACUGCGGGGGCAUGGCCUACCACCAGGUUAGGCAGCCUUUGGCACUCCAGAUAUUGCCACCCCUGAUGCUUUGGGAAUAAAAUCAGUGUUCAUGCUCUAACAACCUAAAAUACAGCUAUAAAUGGUUUGCUGCACUAUGACACCUGGUGUAGUCAAUCAGUUACACUGACAAAGGCCAUUUGGCUAUUAACUAACAAAUCUUGGCUAGCUUACAGGUAGACUCCCACCAUUCUAGCUGUCCAGUAGCUCAUGCAAAGCAGUCUCUUAUCUGUCAACAUCUACUGGUGCAGUUUUGUUUAAAACCAAACACCGCUCUCAUGCCUUUUUUUUUUUUUGUCCAGUUUAGGGGAAUGUUAAUGUACUGAAUGAAAAAUUGAAAUUUUGACUAAAUUCUGCUGGUUCCUUGCUUGUAACAUUGACAUCCUGGAACUGUUCUGGCUGCCUAAUGUGAAUUCUGUGCAUAUCUCACAUCUGCAUGCUGCCGACAAACCUAGAACUUCCCCUUGUAGGCGCCACGCCCUCUCCUUUCUUCCAUCCCACUGUGCUGCCACCUUGCUCCCCAUCUAUUUUUUUUUUUUUUAAUACAAAAUCCCUUCAUAACAUCAUAGGUCAGAUUGCACAUACUCUGAGCCGGCAACAGAACAGUCACAAGUUUCUCUACAAGAAUCUUGUGACUGGACCUCAGGAGUGCCAACUGAGGUCAUGACAGUGUGGAAGAUCAGUGCCAGGAACUCUGGCCAGCUGUUGUUUAAGGUAAGUUAGAAAAACUCUAACAGUGGGAGGUCCUGUUAUGCCACAUAGGUCAUUGUAAAAGGGAACAUAUUCUUGCUAUUGGGGUUGGAAUAAAAAUUUCAGUUUAAUUUACAAGGUACAGUGUUUGCUUUGUGGGUUUUCUGGUUUUUUUUUUUUUUUUGAGUGUGCAAUGCUGCUUUUAUAGAUCUGGUCAUUGACCUCCAAAUAACUGAGAAUAAAACUGCAUCCUCGUAUUUAUGAGUAAUACACGAAUAGCCAUAGAAUACCUUUUCUAACUGUUUGUGGGGUUGGGGUGUUUUUUUUAACUGUUUUCCUCUCUUUAGGAAAACCACAUCUUAAAUCAGAGAUUGGCAUUAUAAUCUGUGAUGUUGAUGAUUACGCCACACUCACCAGAAUGUGUAAAAAGGCUGCCAUAGUCCUGAACUGUGUCGGACCUGUAAGUAUACAUCCGGGGGGGACGAUGGGGACGACCCAAACUUCUAUGGGUGGCAUGGUAGUUCCUUGCCUACAGCUCACUAAAUCUAGCAAUAAGGGGAUGUCAGUAUUGCCUUUAUAAGAGUACAGUGUACUUGCUCCUGUCAUCUUAUGACCAUACAAAGCAAUUGUACAUUAUAACUGACUCAAUAUGGUAUGUGGCUAUGAAUGCCCUCUUACAUUACAGCUGCCAACACCCAUUGUGGGUUGAAAGAUUUGGCAUUCUUCAUAUUUGUUAAUCUAGCAUAGCUCAGUGUGCCUGGUGCUAUCCACUAGAUGAAUACUAGUGUUGCUACAGAUCGGACAGGGGAAAAACUGACAGUUUCUGGAAUUGGCACACUUGCACUCUGAAGUUGCUUCAUCAUGGCCACUGAGUCCACCUCUCAACUUUAAGAAUGAUUGCAUGUAAACCACUUCGCUAUUCAAAUAGAACUUGUGCAUGGGUACUAGUUCUUGUAGUCUUAACGUAAGCUUGUCUUUUUCUUUCUCCUAAUUUACAGUACACUUUAUAUGGUGAGCCUGUGAUAAAGGCUUGUAUUGAGAACGGAGCAAACUAUCUUGAUCUUUGUGGAGAACCUCAGGUAUGUUACAGAUUAAAGGGUUCUGUGUAAUGUUUAAGAUGGAUGGCUGAGGGUCACCCCACAACUCAGUUUAAUGGUGUUUGCCAACUUCACAACUAGCCUCCCUGUACAUAUUUUCAUGACUAACAGAUCUGUCCAUGAUGGUUGAAGCUAGCUCUGGGCAGUGAGUUUUGGAUAACUGCUCCUGGGAGGUGGGGUUCCUCAAAUGUGGUAUGAAAUGCAAUAGGGGAGACAUAGCAAACUUUGCUUCAGGAGAGAUGCUAGAUGUAAGAUCUGUUCUGAAAGAUGGUGCAGAUUACUAAAACAUGUGGGGCAGACAUGCCCACCUUGACAGUCAUCAAGCUAGUUAACACUCCCUUGCCCCAGGCCAGUAGUUGGGAUAAAGGCUUGCUUUAGAUGUAAUAUUAAACUCCUAUGGUUACUAAUGUUAAUGGGCACACAGGCUGCUUUAGGCUACUCUGCUAUUGCCUUUAGUUAUAACCUACUCAAUCUACCCUUUAACUUGAUCUGUAAUGGAUUGUUCUUGAAUUUGACCUGUGGAUCUCAUGGUCCCAUGUAACACUCUAAUAAUGCAUUGGUUAUUUUCCUAAUCAAAUUAUCUUUUAAGUGAAUAACUCCUAUAAAAUAGAACACAGGAGCAUCUGACCCACACUCCUGUCUGUACUAUUUUAUCCCAAUAGUGAAGUUUGGAGAACAAUACUAAAACCGUAUCAGUUUCUGGAGGGACCAAGAUAUCUCCAAAAAAUGAUAAAUCUUUAAGCAUUCACCAUAGUGACAUUCAUGGAAUCGCCUGACUGACUUGCUACUUUCAGUCAACUUGAAUCCAGCUGGAACUCAAAUUAUGAUCUCUAACACUUUCUGAUAAUAUGCAAUCCACUUAUUAAAAAAUAAAAUAAAAAAUCUUGUCCUUCAAUUAACUUCUAAACCAAAUCCUCAGCCAUAUAUUUUAGCUAGUAACUUGAGACUUGCAAAGUGGUGGUGUCAUGUAUUACAGUGAACUAUCCAUUGACUGACUGUGUUCUAUCUUAGUUCCUAGAAGAAAUGUACCUAAAAUAUGACAAGAAGGCAGCUGAAAAGGGAGUAUAUAUUGUUGGCAGUGCCGGUUAACAAGCAGGGAGGGGGGGACAAAAAAAAAUUAAAAUAAUUAAAAAAAUAAUAAUAUUAAAAUAAAAAAUAAUAAAAAUGCCCUCCCUCCACACAGUUCACACACAAUACACAAACACACACUCUGCAUUAUAUACACACUCUGCAUUAUAUACACACUCUGCAUUAUAUACACACUCUGCAUUAUAAACACAGAGUCUGCGUAUAUAAUGCAGAGUAUGUGUGUGUAUAUAAUGCAGAAUGUGUGUUUGUAUGAGUGUGUGUGUGUGUAUAUAAUUAUAAAAAUCACAGAAUUUCAUAGCCCCAAGUUUUACCCUCGACUUAUCCACGAGGCAUAGCAUAUUUCACAAUUGUUGGUCACAAAACUGCACUCGACUUAUACAUGAGAGCGACUUAUACACGAGUAUAUACGGUAACCACUAAGAAAGCAUAUAGAUCAGGACCACAAACUGUAUGCAUACCUCUGGUUUUGCAGAAAUAGUUCAACUGUAAACUAGCUCCAUGAAUUCAGUCAGAAUGUAGCACUAAAAUAUGCAGACUAAUUCACUUAAUGGGUGUCUAGUGCUGCAUUUCGUACUGGGGUGCAUUGAUAUGCCUGUCUCAACAAACUGAGGACCCACUUAUGACUGAGUCUUUACUCUACAAUAGGUCAGUGGUUGCCAACCUGUCUGACCAUACCUGUGCAGUUCAUACUGUGAUCAGGCUUUCCCACAGUCUACAUCCAUAAGACUUAUGGGAAAUACUUAACACAUGUAUUCUACACUUUAUCUUAAAGGAUAACUACUGGUGUCUUCCCUCCAUGUAUAGUCAAACAGUCUUAGAAAUGUUUGACUACUGACCAAGCAAAGAGCACUAGUGGGAACAUUUGCUUGGUAACUUCCUCCUAAUCCCUGCACUAACCUAGCUUACCAGCUGACUUCACUCCGCAAACAAGCUACAUCCUACACUCUAGGGCAGUGAUGGCUAACCUUGACUUCAUAAAUGGUUUCUGGACUACAUUUCCCACAAUGCUCAGCUAGCUUUUAGUCUAAAAGCUAGCUGAGCAUCAUGGGAAAUGUUCAGAAACCAUUUAUUCUGUCAAGGUUGGUUAAUGGUAUACCUAUGAAAAAAGCCUAAUUGCUAUUUUUUUGUAAGCUACAAUGACCUUUCUAGUUCAGAUGUAGUUAAACUGAGAUACAAGAGAAAGCAGAAUGGAGAUAUAUAAUUUGUUUUAACCCUGUAAAUCAAACCACCUCCUAUAAACUAGAGCACUAAAUAUCCCUUGAUGGAAGGCUUUGGAUAACACUGCUCUACAACCAGUGGCAAUUCUUCAAUGUUUAUUUCACUUUGUUCCUUUCUAGGUACUUUGACUGCAGUUGAAAGCUUCUUCUAUAAUGUGCCAGAGUCGGUGAGUUAUGGUUUCAUUACUCCAGGGUAACAUCAAAUCGGCUUAUUUCAGGAAUAAGACUAAAUACUCUAGUUUCUUUACUUAAAGAAUUUCCACUUUCAGUAGUCCUAAAGUAUUGUGAAAUCUCCCAAGACAAAAGCCAGUUCUGAUGAGCAGAAAAACUUGUAGCAUGGCCUAUAAAGGGUCACUUCAGCACCACAUAGCUUAACAAGCUUGUAUGUGUUCCUCCUUCACUUUGCUGUAGUCUGCACAUGAAGGUAAUUGUAGCAGUCAGUGGCUCAGGCCAAUUCUGUGAACCUUGUUAACAGGGCUCUUUAAUGGCAUCUGUUGUAUUCCCUUAGACCAGAGUAAGACCAUCUGGAGUGGCCUACUGGUGAUUAAUUGCAUGACCAUUACUAUAAACUGCAGACUUUUUUCAUACCAUAAAUCUGACUAUGCCUACUAACAUUCUCUAAACUUAUAUGCACUAGGUGAUCUAUCAUAAUGGGUCAUGGAAAUCCUUUGUUCAUGGAAUUGGGUACCAGAAUAGUCUUAAGAAGAUCAAAAAUCAAAUGUCCCACAAACCCCUUCCUGUCUUUUGUAAAACAUUAAAGAGGUCAGUGACUUUUGUACUUUUUGGGGGGAGAUGGGGAGUUAAAAUGCCAGUGAAACCUAUACCUCAUGAGGUGGGUGGGUGAGGGACCAUGACAUUAACUUUAGCAACCCACAGUUGUAAGCUUGCCUGCUCUGACUAGAUCACUUAGAUGCUGCCCUGGAACUUGAUUUAUAUCAAGUUUAUGAAAAGCAUUUUAAAGUUCAAAAGCCUGGGCUGUUCAGUACUGUUAACGACAGGUGAGCUUGACUGCCUGGAAAAAUGUGUGCAGAGUUUCAGCUGAAAUAUGGACAAACCACACAACUCAUUACAAACUGACAGCUUAUGUAGUACAUCUCAGACUGGGUUGGAAGUAAAAAUGUCGAGGAUGUCCUUAAGGUGAGUCCCUAGGCACUACCAAAGCUGAUUAUGAACUGCUGCAAGGAACACAAUGAUCAAACCCUUGCUUAAACCACUCAAAGGAAUAACUCAUAAGUUGAUAAGGGGCUCCAGUUUGAAAUAAUUAAAUGAUUACAUCAAGGAAGAUCAAACCUUUUCAAACUGUCUUAGUGUACUUCAUUGGUAACAAUCUCAACACUAAAACUGGUGUCCAAAGAAAAUUCCAUCCAAAAUUGGAUGGGUAUAAAUGUACAUCAUGUUAAACCUCAGGGUACUUUGCUCUACUUGGUGUCUAUGUAAUUUUAUACAACUUAUCUUCCAGGGAUCCAGGACUAUAUGCAAUUCCUCUCUUGGGAGCAGAUACCUCUGUGGUUACAAGGACCCAACGAUACCUGUAUGAACAUCUUCAGGAAUCACCAGUAAGUUUGGCAUUCCAAGGUACAAAUUAAACUAUGUAGAGUAAUGGACAUUUAGCUGAAUGUCUGCUUCUGUGGUGCAUGCUCUACUCCUACUAUCAACCUGUAUAGAGCAUAUUUUUUCCAGUCUGUGAAUCUUAUCACUUAAGUACUUGCAUUGCUUCAGCUUGAAACACUGCACACAUGACAGAUGGCCUGUAACUGUUGCACAGUAUUGACAUUAGGCAGUAUGUAUCGAUCAGCAUACUAGUAACCUUCACUGCUUCAUGGUUUUUCUGCUGACACAGGCAGCUCUCCCUCUUCCCUGUCAACCCCUUUCCUUUCCCACCUUGCAAGCUUGGAGUGCACAUGUAUGAUCUGACCCAGUUAAAUGGGCUAUUUAUACUAGUCACUAUGCCUCUGACAUGUGAGCCACAUGUUGAUCCAAUCAGACAGGAGCAUGCUGGGAGCUUCACACUGCACUGGAUUUUUAUUUUUAAUGGGAGCUUUAAAGAAUCCCAACAGGGAAUGAUUCAGCCAUUAAAAGGUUUUGGAAACAAUUAAAGGAAAUGGCAGUUUAAGUGAUUGGAUGGCACCAAUCUAGUUUGUGUGGGUUUUUUUUUUUUUUUUAAUCUAUGGAAGCUUGGGAAAGCUAAGGAAUGACUGUUGCUCAGUGGGGAACCUGUAGCACACCUUUAAUGUUCUAUGGGUAUUAAACAUUAUUGCUCUCUCAUCCAUUACUAAAGUUCUCUCCAACACAGUUGAAACGCCUUCAAGUGGCUGAGCAGCCAGACUUCUGCCAUAAAGCCACUAAUUUAUAAUGAAUAUGACCCUCAGACUGGAAUUCAUGGUUUUUCCUCAGAUUGCCUAGCAUGGUAUAACAAAUCUAUAGUCUAUACUAGGUAACUGGGCAAAAAGGCAUGCUUUCUCAGCUCAUGGGCAUGCCUACAGUACCACUGCCUGAUUACACCAUUUAAUCACAAGCCAAACAAAUGUAAGCAUGAAAGUUUACAUUCUCCAUGUAAUCUUGCAAUGGCCUCUUGUUCAAAUGGCUAGUUGUCCUAAAAGUUCUGGCACUGUACUUUGCAAUACCUCUAAAGAUGUAACCACUUGGCUGUAUAUAAACAUCCCCCAAAGACUCUCUUCUAACCUUAAUAGUCUUGUGGCUGUAGUCUCAUCCUCCCUCACCCCACCAUAAGAUACUCAAAGUGUUUGGUGUCAUCACAGGUCAGAAGCACUCACUACCCCUCCAUAUACCAAACUAUAUGCUUAAGGGCUCUCAUGAACCUGAAACUUGUGGUAGUCACUUAGAGGAUUCUAGCCUAAAUCUCAUGUCGACAUAGCUGUGCCUUUUCUUCUUGGCUCAAAUUGGUAAGCCAGGAGAUUCAUCAGUCUUUAAGGCCCUCUAGUCAGAUGCAGAUUACCUGCCAGACAUGCUGGUUAUAAAGUGCAGUGUACAUUCAUACUCCCUUUGGGACCCUGAUCUGCAAACUGGUCAGAAGCUCAUGUUUGUUCCUGAAACAUGAGCCAACAUGGCUAGAAGUACCAAAGGUAAGCAAGCUUGGACACCAUGUACCGUAUAUUGCAAAAAUACAGAGCCUAUGAUCUUAUGGUCUGUGGAAUGUUGGUGCUUUAUAAAUGCAAACCUCUUUGCUCCAUGCACUAUGGAAACUCCAGCCUUGUACAAACCUAAGACUGCUUGGCUCCUAGAUACCUACAUCUCUUACUAAACUGAUACUUGUAUAUUUAACUUGGCCUAAAGUGCUGACACAAUAUGUUGUCCUGUUUCAAAAACAGAUACAGUAUCAAUCUUAUUUUGGACCCAAUAAGAAUAUUUCUUGCAACUUCAAAUACCUGGCUACAUUUAAGCACAAUCAGGCUAUGGUAAAAGUUUACCUAGCACUUCUGGGAAUCCAUUACAACUCUCUGGUGGUUAAACACCAUUUACAAGAGUCUAGUCACUAUAUAGUCAACUAUAACUAGUCCUUUUUUUAUUUUUUCUCCUAAUCUUGCAAUGGCAAAAUAUACAAUCUUUCAGACUGCAAACUUAAUGGUCUCUUCUGACUCCAUGUUAAGAUGUGCCCACUUCCCUGCUUCUUCUACAUAUUACAUUUAUCUGAGGGAUAAGUCUACCCCUUCAUCUAACAGCAUGGUCAGAAUGGCAGUCUAGAUAAAUGUCACUGCAAUGUAAUCUAUCAAGUGGCCAUAGCAGACAAAGAUCAGCAAAAUAACAGUUAAUCUGGAUACAUUUAAGGUCCCUUUUCAACCACCCAAUUAUACCUAGACUGACAUGCAAACAAGUAGAUGUCUUAGACUUUACCCUGUACACUUACCAUCCACGGGAUUUUUUUUUACAUUUAAUGUCAUGAUCUGAAACGGUGAACUGCAAUGGACUAUACCAGCUUAACCUCUUGAGUUCACAUGGCACCAAUUGACUUAACUCACAGACAAUACUCAGUUAACUGUAUCCACUGCUAAGGGUACUUGCAUGGUCCAAAACUGUAAAGGUUUAGGCUUCACCCUGCAUUUCUGCCUGUCUUACUAGCAUGUGAUGCUGUAACUCUGCACUGAAAUUUUAUUUGGGAUACAUCUUUUUGAGACCCUAUGUAGCAGUAUUAAACUCAUCUUGGUCCAACCUCUGCUUUUGCCUGAGUGGCUAAUCCAACUACUUGGUAGCUCUUUAAAGCUCCAGAUGCUUUUCUAGACAUGCCCCAGAGGAACCAUAGUAAUAUUCCUAUUUAAUAUUCUAUCCUGGGCCUGAAUUCCCUAAAGGGCAACUGCUCCUUAUAGAGCUGACUAAACUUCCACAAGAAGUCUGUAGUUCAAUGCUGUAUUUCAAUCUUAUUCUCCUGUAUAACCUUGCGGUUCAGUAAUAUGAUUGUUUGUUUCUAUUAGGUGUAUUACUCUGCAAAUGUAGCAGUGAGUAGCUUUGUGUCAGCAGUGUUGCUGACUUUUGCUGUAUUCCUCAUGUCACUACUUGCAACAUUUUCCUGGGGGAGAAAUAUUCUUAUAAAUGUAAGUACAUGAACAGGUAACCUAUACAUUAAACAUGGACUACUCAAAGUUUAAACUAAUGCAGAUUGGCUGCCCUGUUACUUAAAUUUGCUUCAUGCUACUGGCUUUGUUUUCUCCUUGGGUGUAACUUGGACCAUCUUACACAACAUGCUUCUGGUUAAUGUAUUUAAAAUCUGAGUGGUAUAACAUGCAAUGGCCUUAACAAUAACUUCUUCACUAGUAUCCUAGGUUCUUCUCAUGUGGAACAUUUUCAACAGAAGGACCAACACAACGACAGGUAAUUUAAAGACAAAAAGGCACAUCCUCCUCAAACUGGGGAAAAUCUGCUUGUGAGGCAGUUUCUAGUCAGCAGAUACAAACUUGGCUUUGCACAGAUGGAUCCACUGACCUUCUUUCCUUUGGGCAACUAAGUUGUCUUAAUUGUUUUGGCCUUACAUACAGUUCUAAAUUUGGAUUGGUAAGAAACCUGACACUUAAUUCAGCCUCUUGAACCUGGAGAAUUAGGAGCUUGGGUGAAUGGUGGCAGUCAUAGCUAUUGAAUUAUAACUAAAUGGCAGCUCUUUAAAUACUUGGGAAUAAUGUAAUAGCCUAACAAACUACACUUGAGCUAGACCUGAAGGCUGCUUGCACUGUGGUAACAUGGCUAACAGCCAUGUUAACACUAGUGUAGAGGAGUUCCCCUUGUGUGACGCUUGUGAGUGAGCAUCUAACUCCGUUACAUGGUCAACAUGACUGUUUGCUGUAAAUAACAGUAACUGGCAAGCUCAUUACGGGUAGAUCAAUUUAGGGUUUCUUCAGAUCCCACAUCACUGGAUGAUGCCAGUCUGAAAUGUCAUGUGCCAACAUUGAUUCCAUGGCUAUUUAAAAAGUUGAACAAGAUUAACCCAUACUGUAAAAUCUACACUGAAACAUUUGCCUUUGCAGAUAGAUGAAACCUCUUUUAAAAUCAAAUUCAUUGGUGAGGGCUGCAGUAAAGGCAAGGAUGGACAGAAAGACAUUCCAGAUCUUAAAAUCUGCACAGAAGUAUCAGGGCCAGGUAAGUAACUUUCUGUUUGUGUAUUUUUUUUGGUUUUUUUUUAACUUUCGGUUUGCACUACACCUCAUGGUCACUCAAGCUAAAUUACAUGUGGAGAAACUAACCCUUUGUCUUUACUUUGUACCUGCAGAAGCUGCUUAUGUGACUACUCCCAUAGUAAUUGUACAGGCUGCAAUGACCAUCUUCAAGGAGCCAGGUGCUCUACCAAAGGGGUAGGUAUACAGCAUUAGAGUCCCCAUGAUUACAGCAGUUUGUAGUCUCAUGACAAACUUAUUUCCUCAGUGACCCCCACUCUUUAGUCUUAAACUAGAAUAUAGGGAGUCUGGUAUGGAACAUGACAAACUGGCAGGAUUGUGUCCUUGAUGAACCAGAGGAUGCCCUUAGAUUGAGUAACUUGGAAGAAGCCCUUACAAACACUAGCCAUAGAUUAAUGGGUCUCUGUGUAGGAAUCUUUCACUAGUAAAAACUUCUGACGUUAUUUAGGUGAGUUUCUAAAGGCUUGAGACUGAACAUUUAAUGUUUCCAAAUGCAUGGUGAGUGCAACUAUUGCUCAUCUAAGUGGGCACAAUGCUGAAUUAAACUAUAAUUCAUUUAAAUGGGGUAUGGCAGGAUUUGCCUAACUUAUCCCCAAGGAUUUCUAUCUAGGUUUUGGAGUGCAGAGCCAAAAUGCCUGUAGGGCAGCAUGGCCAAACACCCUGUGAGCCCAUGUCUGUGCAUGAUCUCUGGUUGAGAGGGACACUCAAGCAAGAAGAUCAAAAGAUCUCUGCUCAGCCCUGUGCCCCAGCUUUGUGGUAUGCAGCUCACUAGGGGCUCCCUUACACAUACCCCUUGGACUCCAGCAGUUUUAGUAUCCAUGGGUGGAGGGCCCAAAGCAAUCAUCACUGUGCAGUGAUUACUUAAUAUCCUUGCAAUGACUGAGGAACAGAGCUAUAAUACUGUAACGGUUUGAUUUAUGCAGAAAGACAAACUGGUGUAUGCAAAGGAGGUGGUAUAGAAAAGGCUAAUAAAACAAAGAUUGGGUAGGGUGAAAUCGUGAGCACUUGCUAUUAAACUGUUUCUAGAUUUCUAACUUUUGUAGGGAUUUAUGUAUUAAAAUUUUUUUUUUUUUUUUUUUUAUUUUUUUUUUUUCUCCCAUCACCUUUCACUAGGGGUGGUGUACUCUCUCCUGGGGCAGCAUUAUCAAAAACAAGAAUCAUUGAUCGUCUCAGGAAAGCAGGCCUUCACUUUGACAUAAAAAAUUAA